UGGAUGGGAUUAAUAAACUGGAUCUGACCCCCUCUCCCUCCCACUCUCUCUCUCUCUCUCUCUCUCACACACACACACACACACACACACACUCCCUCCCGCGCACUCUGUCAGUCAGCGCGCUGCUGGCACGGGAGAGAUUGAAAGUGACACACACUCACACGCGGCCGACCUCGAUCUUUUUUGUCGAAGAAGAGACUUCUGCUGUGAUAAGUCGCUUCUGGGUAGCAACCGCAGGUCCAUAUCUUCUUCCUUUCCUUUCGUUUUCCCGCACGUUAGAAAGACUUUAUCGGUUUGUAACGCGCGCGCGGUUUGUCUUCUCGCACUGCGCUUGCGAAUUGGUCACUCGAGCUCGCGGCUGACAAAAAGAGACUGCACUUCCGUUACGGGGAACUUGUGCCGCUUUGCUGCUCGGAUCUCCUUCCCUGUCUCUAUAUUUCUCUCUCUCUCUCUCUCUCUCUCUCCACACACACGCACACCCUCUCUCUAUCUCACUCUCUCUCUUUAACUGUGCUCUGUCUCCAGUCAUCCCUACCGCCUCCUUGCUUUAGACGCUGGCUUCCAGUCCCGCGCUCACACACAGCCCAAGUGUCAAACCGCCGAUAUCACCGAGCCGAUUUCAGCCCACCGAUAUUUCCAACAAGCCGAUUCCAGCCAGCCGCGAAGCAGCAAGAAGCCCAGCCCUGGAUUCACUACUUUUACUCAAUGGACAGAGCCCUCUCAACGGCCAGCCACGAUACCAACACGCCGUGAGCAGUCCAUACUCCCUGGCUGGUGUUCCCCCUGCAGUGUGGAGGGGGAUGGAGCGUGGAGGAGGAGAGAGCCCACGUUUGCGGGAGAGCCCAGAGCGGCGCACUGCUACCAGCCCCGAUCUGAGUGGCCCCCCUCCAGGGAAGAUAAGCCGUCUAGAGCUGAAUGGCAGUCCUACCGGGCCACGCAGUCGCCACAAUGGAGCUCCACAGAGAGCCCUGGGAGGUCUGAUGAUUCCUGUGUUCUGCGUCGUCGAGCAGGUGGAUGGAGGGAUGGUGGUGGAGGGGGAGGGCAGAGAGGAGCAUGCAGAGUUUGUUCUGGUCAGGAAGGACAUUCUCUUCACUCAGCUGGUGGAGACGGCACUGCUUGCCCUCGGCUACUCACACAGCUCAGCAGCCCAGGCACAGGGCAUCAUUAAGGUGGGUCGUUGGAACCCGUUGCCUAUCCACUGCCUGACGGACGCUCCCGAAGCCACAGUGGCUGACAUGCUGCUGGACGUCUACCACAUGGUUACACUCCGCAUUCAGCUGCAGAGCUUUGCCAAACUGGAGGACCUCCCCUCAGAGCAGUGGAAUCAUGCAACAGUGCGCAAUGCACUUAAAGAGCUGCUGAAAGAGAUGAACCAGAGCACACUGGCUAAAGAAUGCCCACUCUCCCAGAGUAUGAUCUCCUCCAUCGUGAACAGUUCCUACUAUGCGAAUGUGUCCACUGCUAAGUGUCAAGAGUUUGGCCGCUGGUAUAAGAAGUAUAAGAAGAUUAAAGGUGAUUACUUUGAGAAGAUGUGGCCAGUACGAGAGAAUUCUGAAAUUAAAGUGGAGAGGGACACCUUGGUGGACUUCUGUGUGUUAGGACAGCGUCCUCCCACUCACCUAGCUGGCCUGGCUCAGUUAGGACCUUUGGGAACUGGUAGUUCUCUUGUGAAAAGUGGAUCUGGAGAACCUCAGACACCUCAAUCACAGCCCCCAUCCCAAGGACAGCCACAGCCACCCUCAUCUCAUAGCGGCCAGCUCCACCACAGUCCACCACUACGAUCACAGGUGGCUCCUCCCACAGCCCUUCAGCCUCUUCUGGGCCCAAGAGGCCUUCUGUCACCUCAGCUCAGCCCACAGUUAGUGCAGCAGCAGAUAGCUAUGGCUCACCUCAUCAACCAGCAGCUGGCAGUCAGUCGCCUAUUAGCCCACCAGCACCCACAAGCCCUCAACCAACAGUUCCUUAACCACCCACCGAUCCCAAGGCCCAGCAAGUCUGGAGGCCCUGGAGAGCCAGGAUCAAAUCCUUCAGCGGCUGAGGUCUCAUCAGACAUCUAUCAACAGGUCCGCGAUGAACUCAAGAGAGCCAGCGUAUCUCAAGCUGUGUUUGCCAGAGUGGCAUUCAACCGCACACAGGGUCUGUUGUCAGAGAUUUUGCGGAAAGAGGAAGACCCUCGCACAGCCUCCCAAUCUCUUCUGGUCAACCUCAAGGCCAUGCAGAAUUUCCUCAACCUUCCUGAGGCUGAGCGAGACAGGAUUUACCAGGAGGAGCGCGAACGCAGCAUGAAUCCUCCUGUAGGUCUGCCCCCAAACUCAAACUCCAGUCCUGGGGGUAACCGCCUAUCUCAGAAAGUCUGGGAGCGCAACAUAGAUGAACAGUUAACCCCUGAUGCCUGGGCAUCUAUUUGGAAAAAUAAGAACAAAAUUACCAACUCGUGUAAGCCCUCUGGUCCGAAUACUGACCUUCCCCUGAAACUGGAACCACUGGUGAACAUCACAUCGUCCAUUUAUGACGAGAUCCAGCAGGAGAUGAAGCGAGCCAAGGUGUCUCAGGCUCUGUUUGCCAAGGUGGCAGCCAACAAGAGCCAAGGUUGGCUAUGUGAGUUGCUCCGUUGGAAGGAGAGUCCAAGCCCAGAGAACCGCACACUGUGGGAAAACCUGUGUACAAUCCGCCGUUUCCUCACCCUCCCCCAAACAGACCGUGACCUGGUAUAUGAGGAGGAGUCACGCCACCACCACAGUGAACGUCUGCACACUGUCCUCCAUCUGCCCUCUGACCCUCAGGUUCUCCAUAGACAACCUGUGCCACCAUUAAAGGACCACUCUCCCAUGCGUGAGGACUCAAUGCCCAACUCUGGAAUGGAGGACAACCCUCAGGCCAGUGCUGGUAGUGGCAACACUGGAGGAAGUAGUAGUGUUGUUAAAAAACCCCGAUCCCGCACCAAGAUCUCACUGGAAGCCCUGGGCAUCCUGCAAAGUUUCAUCCAAGAUGUGGGCCUCUACCCUGACCAGGAAGCCAUCCACACCCUCUCAGCCCAGUUGGACCUGCCCAAGCACACCAUUGUCAAGUUCUUCCAGAACCAGCGCUACCAUGUGAAGCACCAUGGCCGACUGAAGGAGCUGGGAGCUGAGGGCAGUGGAGUUGAUGUUGCUGAGUAUCGAGAUGAGGAGCUGCUUUCUGGCUCAGAGGAUGCAGAGUCCAGUGAAGAUGGCCAUGAGGAAAUCUACAGUGGACAAGAAGGUGCCUCGGCAGGAGCAGCCGCUUCUUCUUCAACACCCUCUUCCACCUCAGGCCAAGAAGACAGCAAAGACAAGGCUUUAUCUCUAGGGUCAGUCCGGCCAAGCUCCCUUCCUUCCUCCAGUUCAUCCCCCAGCCCACGAGACCAGGCCGAGUAUCAGAGAUAAAGCAUUCUGACCUGGGAAAAAAGGGGCAUUUUGGGAAGAGGAUAGUGGAGGAACAAAUGGGACAGUAAAAGCAGACUAAAAGAAUCCGGCACAGGGUCAAAUGAAGAUUGAAUAAAAAAAGGACAAGAGUAUGUUUGAAAAUUGAUAAUAGAAACAAAAUGUGUUACGAGAAAAAUAGCUAAGAUAAAGGAUUAGUAGUUCUAGCAAAAGAUCAUUUGGCACCAGAUACUGUAAGUUCUGUCGAUGUGAUGAAGGAAAACUUAGGUUAGUGGCCCAAAAUUGUUGUUUUUAUGUUUAAAAAAGGUGCCUGAUAUCUGAUGACACUGAAAGUGGAUUUCUUAUCUUAAACUGACAUGUGGUCACUUUUACUCAUGGUUUCACAAAUUAAGAUGCGAGUAAGUCAUAGUAGGAAAAUGCUAAACCAGUGAUGUUUCUCCCCAAAUCUCUAACACAUUAAUUAAAGAACUUACUCCUUAAUUCCUAACCUACAAUCCAGGGGAUCAUUAGAAACCAUUGUCCCCUUCCCACCUCUAUGGCAAGCUGAGUAAUAACAGUGAUUGAGCUUUAGAUACGUCUUAGAUGAGCCAUGAACAUCUACAGGAACACUCGUGUCUCAUCAAGAAGCCUGGUGGGUGUCUGCGGCUUCUCUCUUCUUCCUCCCAUCUGUGAUGGGGAAUACUUUAUGUCUCCAAGAGGUGGCUAUGUUUGGCCAUUUAAGUGGUUGAAUGGAUGGGUGGGUGGGUUAGAGGUAGUGAUGAGGGCUGUGGUGUAUACAUCAGCCUUGCUCACUGAUUCCAUUGUAAAUACAUGUGGUCUACUGAAAUGUCCAGAGUUAGCUUUUCCUCCCCUUUGAAGAUAGAGCCAUGUCUCCCACAAACAACCACAUCAUUCCAUAUAGUCCAGUGUGGUGGGACAAACCACCAGCCUGGUACCCAUGCACCCAUGCAUGGACUUCCCUCAACACCUCUGUCAGUCUAAAUUUAGUGAAUGGUCGUUUCAUAUAAAUACAUGUACACGAGACAUCUUGUCACUAUGCCUCUUUGUACUCUCUUUGCACUUAAAAAUGGCUAGUAAAUAUCAAGGAUAAAAGAAAAUAUGUAGGCGUCUAUUAACUGCUAAAGACAAUUUAGUGACAGACGAGAGUGCAGUCUGACUGCCUUGUCCUGCUUUUGGCCAAGUUGAGGAGAGUAAAGUAUGUGUCCAACAACAGUCAACAAUCAGUCAUUUAACGUGUGGGACUACAUCCCUUCUUCUCAUCCUUUCUGUCCUGUGACUCUUUCUCUUACUGGCACACAAAGUGUACCAAUUUCAAACCACCUACCCCACACUCCACAUCUCUAUUUAUUGCUAUCUAUAUCCACAUUUAUUAUUAUUGUUGUUGUUAUUAUUGUUAUUAUGGUUGUUCUUUCUGUCAUUGAUGUUAUUUUUGGUUGGGUUUUUUUCAUGGUCUAAUAUCAGCUUUUGCCUCAAAGCUGUUGUUUUGGUAAUGAGAGACUUUAUGAAAGAGGAGAACACUGCCAAAACAGUGAGAAUUAGAAGCAGUUACUGAAGAAAUUGAGUGAACCCUGUGAUAUUGUGUACUACCAUUUCAAUCUACACUCCACACUUUUUCCAAAGAAAACGGCAGUAGGUGAGUCGAACCCAAAAAUAAGACAAAGCAUAUGAAAAUAUACUUUUUUAAAAGAAAUAUUGACAAUCCAUUUAUUGAGCCAGUUAAAACUCUGUAUCCUUAAUGGAAACGUGUUAACAUGUCACAUCUCGGGAAAUGGACUUGUGUACAAAGCAACACGGCUCCUCUGUGGCAAAGCCUCUGUGGAUACUAUAGCAAAACUUGGAUCCAGGGUCCUGAUUUGCUUUUGAGAAUCAGCUGCUACCUGCUCAUUUCUGGAUACCAGAGUAAUCGUCAUUGUUAACCUUACACUGACCUUUAAACUGUUUUGUUUUUGUUUUUGUUUGUUUUGUUUUUUUUGUUCAUAAGGUGAUGUUUAUGUAGAUGUUUUAUCUAUUACAAAUGACAGCCUUUUCUUUAUAUGUCUUCGAUGUGCAAAUCCUAACAAAUGUCUCCACUGCAAACCGUUCACUUGCAUUAGCAUAACAUCAGAACGGUUUUGUUCUUUGAGUUAUCACCAAAAUGCAGAUCAUGAAUUUAAAUCAACUUAAAAAUAUUAAACACUACAGUAUAUUUUGUUCUCAAUUGCUUAUGCAUUAUGGCUCAUUGCUUUUUAGAGAUCUACUCUAGGUCCCUGGGUAUGCAGUGAGCUAGCUAUGCAGUGUGACAAUGUCUGGCUUAUGUUUCUUAGUACUAUUCAAUUAGAGGCCUACUGAGGCCAGGGAUGUUUAAUAAGACACAUGCAGGAGUGACAAUAAUUCAGAUGGAAGUAUUGGGGCACACUGCGCAGCCAUGCCAUACCUCAGGGAGCCUGCAAUCAUUUCACACUGAGAAAAAAUGUGACGCAAAGAGGAUACAGUAUAAAGUGUGGUGAUUUAGGUGAUUUAGACCACUGCUGUCCUUUUUGUUUACUUCACAGUGUGUAUCUCCUAGUCAGUGAUAUUUAACCACUAACCAACACACACAUACACACACAAACACACAACUUAAUAAGAGUUUCCUUUUGAUGGUUUUGACUUGGUAUUAUAUGCUGGUGAAACUGUGUAAAAGAGUUUAGAGCCAUUUAUUGAGCCUUUGUUUCAGAACAGGGCUGUUCUCACUAAUCCUAGUUUAAAUUCAUCUUAUGAUUUCAAUACAGCCCAACAUGCAGUGAUCACUCAAAUGAAAUGUAAAAGUUCAGUAAGUAAGACACUCAAAUCUAAGCUGCAUGCUGGGUUAUUUCUUUGCUGCUGGCCGACACAAUAACUUACAUUGGUUUCUCAGCAUUAUUCUUUGUUGCCCAAAUCACUGUAGAAAAAAAUCUUUUUAUAGCUUGCAUUCCCUUUAAUGUGCAAAACACGUCCUGUCAAUAUGUUAUACUGAUUUUUCAUACUGUAUUAGAUUUUUAGUGAAAAGUUCUCCAUAUUCACAGUUUUAAAAGAAUUGCUAACAGUUGCUUGUUUGGUGACAUCUUGAGGCAUGUUAAUUUUCACAGCAGUCCUGGAAUGGUGAGAGGAAGACUUAUUUUGAAUCUGUUCCUUAAAAUGUCAGAUAUUUGCAGGCUCUGAUAAGGGUGUCUAAUAACAGAGUACUGAUUGUCAGGUGGAUCUAAACCUUAAUUAAGCUUGUCAAUCAGCUAUAACUGUAGGAGGCCAGAGCCCACCCCUACCAUUAUUAUCCCUCACCCUCUCGUGGCCCCGCCCCCUGCAGCGCCCAGAGAAGUCUGAAACAAGCAGCUUUGAUGAGUCCGUCUCUGCUCUGCUCCUAAAUUAUCCACAGUCCUGGUGAGACAAGCGUGUGCAUGCUAGACUGGUGUUUAACCUGCUGCAGGGGUGGCCUCCUACUCACUCAGUUCCUUCAUCACCUCCUCCUCCUCCCUGUCCUAUACAGAGUUUGUGCUAAGUGAGAAAACAAAGAGGAUUCGCAGAGUCCCUGAUGAGCGAUAGGUCAGGGUCACUCACCAAUUAUCCGUCUCUUCCGUGACAGGAGUGUCGUCUUUGCCUUUUCAAUUUCUAGCACUUUGUCUCAUUUUCUCCUCCACCAGGCAAGAGACAAUCGCUCUCACUCACGCUGUGCUUUCGGGGUUAAUUGGAAGUGAUCAUGUCCCCUUGUAGGGAAACAAGUGGUUCCUAGAUAGCAUAAACCCUCUUACCAUAGAGAAUUAUUUUAAAUAAUAGAACAAAACAGAAUGAGACAGAAAUAGGAAAGGACAGGAAUCAGUAAUAAAAAUUAAUCCAGUGAUAAAAUACAGAUCAAAGUUACAGAUAUCAUUAUCAGCCACACACACACACGUCACACAUAUGAAUUGUUGUAACCGUUCUUCUGUAAUGUAGCACUUAAAGAUUAAUUUCAUGCAACAAAUUUUUUACAUUCUGCUUUUUGACAUUUCUCCGACUAACAGAUAAAUUGCAGAAUAAAGUGGCUUUUUUUUACUCCUUUGUACUCUUUCAGUGCGCCUUACCUAAGCACAAGGCUCUGUCUGCUUGCUUUGGAGACAAACUGUUUAUCCUCAUUAACUACAAUGUGAAUCAGGUUUGCCACUCCAGGAUUGGUACUUUUCCUCAAUCAAAUGGAUCAUUCAUUAUCACUAAGUGAUAAUAAAUUAUGUGCAUUAUUUGGGCUCUUUGGCUUGUGUGUCUUAAUGUUUGGUUUUGUUUUCUUAAAUUGCUGUCAUUUAAAUAAAGUGCAUCAGUGGAUCAUU